AGACAAGUCACUACUCACUGGUGAACAGAACAAAGUUUCGUAUUCCAUUUCCGAACGCCUUAUGUCAAAAAAUUAAAAAGUAAGCAACCUCAAUCCGGAAAGCUAAAAGUGUUUUCUUUUAUAUUUUAACAAAAAAUUCAUCGAAAAUGGCUUCGGUUAAAGAUGUAGCUACUUUGUAUCAAAAUCUUAAAACAGAAUGGGCAAAGAAACCUAGAAAACUUGACAAAUGUGGAGAACUAUUGAACAAAAUAAAGAUCGCAUUAACACAACUGAGCUUUCUUCCGAGUAAUAACACAGUGGCGAAUCAGAAGGAGUUGAUUUUGGCGAGAGAUGUUCUGGAAAUUGGUGCCCAGUGGGCUGUCGCCGUAAAGGAUGUCAAAGCGUUCGAGCGAUACAUGUCACAGCUGAAAUGCUAUUAUUUUGAUUACAAAGAUCAUCUUCCAGAAUCAGCAUUCAUGUAUCAGCUUCUUGGGCUGAACCUGUUAUUCCUUCUCUCUCAGAAUCGUGUGGCUGAGUUCCACACGGAGCUGGAACGGUUACCUGUGGAUGUGAUCAGGGCUGAUCCUUAUGUCAGGCAUCCACUUGCAUUAGAACAAUAUCUCAUGGAGGGAAGCUAUAAUAAAAUCUUUUUGGCUAAGGGUAAUGUACCAGCUGAAAGUUACACCCUAUUCAUGGAUACACUGCUGGAGACAGUGAGAGGAGAGAUUGCAGCAUGUAUUGAGAAGGCUUACCAGAGCAUCCCAUGUGCAGAAGCUGCAAGGAGGCUCAACUUGUCCUCACAACAAGCUGUGCUUGAAUAUGGGAAGAAGCGUAACUGGAAUCUGGGCCCAGACAACCGCUACCUCUUUGCAACAGCUGAUGAUGUGAAUGCCGCCAGUGCUGGAGUACUGCCAUCUUCCGAACUUGCUGAGCAGACUAUUGAAUAUGCAAGACACCUUGAGAUGAUAGUCUAAUAAUGUAUAAGUUUUGAGUAAUAAAUGAUUAAAUUUAA